AUGAGUUCAACAGCAUUCCAACACCAAGAUGCGCCUCAGUCAGGUGUCUCCCUUGCGACACCGCCCAAACCAAAGGCUAUAGAGCUCAAUGGCGCUCCGAUACCUACACUUUCAAACCCACAAGACCAGGAGCCGCCUUCAACAGAAACGCUGCUGAAUACAACUGGUCCUGCUGACAGCUCCGCCACGACAACUGCAAACGACAAUAUGACACUCGAUAGACCCCUUACGAAUUCUACAAAUAACCACACGGCCAAGACGAAGACGACGGUCGAAGAUGAAACCCCAAUCACAAAAGUCAUCCAUUUCUUCGCUACGGCGACCCCUGGCUCCCUUGCUGGAGUCGCUGUCGGGUUCGCUGCCUUUACAUAUAUCACCAUGGGACGUUUAGGACUCGUACUCAUUGGCGCAUUCGGCGGAGUAGCCGGGUUCAUAUCAUGGGAAGCUAGGAAUCCCGAACUUGCCAAGAUGGUACGAGGAGAGCGAGGCAUCGACGUUAUAGACCGACUAUUGGAGGCUAAGAACAACCGAGUUGCUGAGAAGCGAGAGGACAGCAGUGAUGAUGAUGAGCCUACCAUGAAAAACUUUGACGAAUUCCGACCCGAGACUCGCGAGGCCCUCGGAGGACUCGUUGAUGCCGUCAUCAAAGAUUAUGUGAAAUGGUGGUACAACCCGAUUGUUCCUGCGGACCAUUCUUUUCCUUUGGCUUGCCGUAAGACGCUCACAUCUUACGUCCUGUCCGUCUCGAAUCACCUCGGCCGAAAGCGCCCCGCCGAUACCUUUCUCGAUCUUCUUACCAACUCAUCCUCCAUUAUAAUUGUCUUUAUGUCUGAGCUAGCGUCCGCCUUUUCUGAACUCCCUCCAGACAGUAAUAUGACCGCUGCAGAUGCCGUCUAUAAUUAUCUGGCAGCGAACCCCGACUGCCACUUGGCCAAUCUCGUAAACCAACGUCAACAGGCCUCGAAAUUCAAAAUGGUUGCCGAAGACCUUCUCGGGUUUCUGGACCGAAACUCGUAUAAUUGCGACCCUGCCCGUGUCUUCCUACGGGAAAUCCUCGCAAACUCGGUUCUUGAGCAAACACUGCACACUUGCAGUCAAGCCGAUUGGAUCAACGGAUGGAUUGUAUAUCUGCUGGAGGCCGGCGAGCCUGACCUCAACCAGGCAAUUGAUGUCGGCAUGAAACGCGCACCUGAGCCGAGUAUGGCAGCAACCAAUGUUUUUGCUGACCUGGAUGGCAACGUCGGAAAUAUUGGUAUUGCUAAGCCUGGGCGCAGUUCACUAGAAAAUGAACGGGCCCGGCGCAAAGAACCCCUUGGUCACAAGAAGAAAUUGAGCAAGGCAGAGGAAGAGAUGGACGAAGCGAUGCAAGAAAUGAAGCGCAUGAACGAAUUGAUUGCUCAAGAAGAAGUCCGACGAAAGCGCGCCUCAAUGGCUUCCAUGCAAGAACCGAGCGCACAUAUCGCCAAAGACGAGAAGAGAUUGUCAGGUGCCUCAGAAGUUGCAUCCCCGGAAGGGUUCUCUUCCCAGACUCCCCUCACUCCUCGAUCACCAAUGGACUCUUCAAGUCCCGAGUCGUCUCCCCGCCGGUCGGAUGGCACUCGCUUCACUAGUUUCGACCAAAUUGUACCUCCUGGGCAAGUGGCAGAUGACGGAGAUGAGGAGGCACCUAAGAAAUCACCCCUGACUCUCCACAACGCGACCCUCACCCUUCACGAUGAUACUCCUGGUGAAGCAACCCGCAUUCGCAACAAGCCUAACUGGGACUACUGGGUACAGGUCGAGCCUUCUGUGACUGCCUAUCCUGGGUGGAUGAUUGUGAGGCGAUAUGCUGAUUUUGAGACACUACAUGAGAUUCUUAGGCGGAUUGCCACGAUCUCCGGCGCAACUGCUUUCACUGAACUUCACAAGGACUUGCCCGACUGGAAGCUUCACACUCGUGAGUCUCUUCGCGGUGAGCUAGAGAGGUAUCUUCGGGACGCUUGUUGGUAUCAGAGCUUGGCCGAAAGCGAGGGAAUGAAGCGAUUCUUGGAAAAGUCAAAGGGACACACGCAUAGUGAAUCUAAAGCAGGCUUUGGUUGGGAGUCAAUGGGUAAAGGCAUGCUGGACGCGCUUACCACAGCGCCCAAGGGUGCUGUAGAGGGCGGCAAGAGUUUCGUUGGAGGUGUUACAGGAGUCUUUGGCAACACAUUUUCUGGCCUCAGCAGGAAGUCUACUCAGUCAGUAGAUCUGACGGCCAACUCUAGUCGGCUUUCUAUCUCAACCCCUCCUGCUCAGCUUAGCGGCGCGCGAUCUCCCGUUCGCUCAACUCGAGAUAGCAUGGACAGCCAGCGCUCGUCUAUUGUAUCCCUACAGCCAGGGAAGAUGCCUCCUAUGGAACGUCGCCCAAGCUACCAGUCGCAGGGCGAGUCAGAUGCAGACGGUCGAACAAGUCGCUCUGAACGUAAGGAGUCGGGCUCAGCAUCGGCGAGUGCUCUUCCUAGUCGGGAACACAGUCGUGCGCCCAGCCUUGCGCAACUGCGAUCUCCUUCCGCAUUGAGCCUCGAUUUUAGUAAGCUCCCGCCUCCACCCGAUCAGAUCGCCGACGACUACGGUCUGCCCGAAAACCACACCGACAUGCAGUGUAGUAGUGCCAAGGGUCAGCCGCAGGAGCGUAAAACAUCUCAAGAGAUUCCCACGCCUCCUCCUUCGGUCACAAGCGGCAAGAGGGCGUCUCUAAAGCCUGCUAAGCAAUUCACCGCACUUUCGGAGCCUGAAACCCGUGUGGCAGUAGAGCUUCUGUUUGCUGUGAUCAACGAGAUGUACACGUUGUCUUCGGCGUGGAACAUUCGUCGUACUCUGUUGACUGCUGCCAAAUCAUUUCUCCUCCGUCCAGGUAACCCGUCACUUUUGACAGUGCAGUCACUCAUCCAAAAGUCCGUCAUCGACGCCAAUACGUCCGAUUCGGGCAUUGCGGAGCAACUGCGCAAGGUCCGCGAGAACAUGAUGCCGACAGAGCAGGAGCUUGCUGCCUGGCCAGCCGAGCCAACUGCCGAUGAGAAGGAACAGCUUCGCAUCAAGGCUCGUCGACUCCUCAUCCAGAGCGGUCUCCCAGCUGCUUUGAUGGGUGUGAUGGGCCAAGCCGCGACAGGUGAAGCACUUGGCAGAGUUUUUGAUUGUCUUCAAAUCGAGGAAGUCGCAAGAGGACUCCUCUUUGGUCUGAUUCUUCAAGUUGUCCGAAUCGUGACACACUAG